AUGGUACUCUCAUCAAAUUGGUUGAGUCUUCAAAACUCCCAUAAAAAGGAUGGAAAGGAAAUAUUCAAGAAGAAAAAGAAGAAGAAGUCGCAUCCCGUCAUAAAGGCAUCUACACCACAAAGAAAAAAUAUAAUGAACAUGGUGGAUUCCAUGACUAAAGAGAUAAACAUCCUACGGACAGCUAAAGAACAAUCAAACAAGUCAAAAGUUGUAGAAGGUAAGUUUCCGGGCGAUUCUCAUAGCCAUACAAAGAUCGGUGACAAAAAGUCACAAUCGAGAAGUCAAGAAAUUGGUAAAUAUGUUGCCAUAGAUUGCGAAUUUGUAGGCGUUGGUCCAGAGGGUAAAGAUUCUGCUUUGGCUAGGGUUUCGGCUGUCAACUUCUUUGGCCAUACCAUCCUUGAUCUAUUUGUUAGGCCUCAAGAAAGGGUAGUAGAUUGGCGAACGUGGGUCAGCGGGAUUACUCCAGCACAUAUGAAGCAGGCGGUUGAUUUUGCUGAGGCUCAAAAGCAAGUGUCGUCAUUACUCGAAAGUCGAAUCUUGGUUGGCCAUUCAGUGACACAUGAUCUUGACUCGCUAUUUCUAUCGCAUCCAAAGUCCAUGAUACGGGAUACCUCGAGGCAUAUUCCUUUUAGGAAAAAAUACGCAAACGGUAAAACACCAAGCCUGAAGAAGUUAGCCAAAGAGAUUCUAGAUUUAGAUAUUCAAGGGUCUCAGCACUCUUCUAUCGAGGAUGCGCGAGCCACUAUGCUCAUAUAUAAAUCAGAUCGCAGAGAAUUUGAGAGGCUUCAUCAAGCAAAAUUCGGUGCCAAAAAGAUGGUAUAA